AUGGCUCCAAAGCCAUGGGGACGUCUCAACACCUCGUCGGCGGCCGGGCAGACGACGCGGGGCGAUUUCCACGCCUCCACCGUCGCACAGACGCCGGCCCCGGACUCCGACGUGACACAGCACAGACACGGGCUGGAUAUAAUCUACGACUGUGCUACGAUGGGAUAUAGUACCACCCCACGUGCCGACAUCGUCGCCGUCCACGGUAUAAACGGACACUCGAGCAAGACUUGGACGGCCGACAACGGCGUCAACUGGCUCCGCCACCUCCUCCCCCGAGACGUCCCCGACGUCCGCAUCAUGACAUGGGGUUACGACGCCAACACGACUCACAAGUCCCGCGUCAGCAGCCAGACGAUAGACGACCAUGCCAUCCAGCUGGUGUCCGACCUGUCUAGGAAGCGGACAUUGGAAAGAGCACUCAUCCAUUCCGACGCCGCCAGGCCAGGUGCACUGGUACACCACCGAUCCGUCAGACUGUCAACCUACGGCGUCAUCUUCGUGGGCACCCCGCACCGGGGGGCCGACGGUAUCUCCCGGGCCAGGAUGGUGGUCAAGGCAGCCUCGGCCGUCAUGCCGGCCACCGACAUCCUCCUCGCCAACCUCCAUCGCGAUUCUCCCUGGCUGAAACGUCAGCUCGAGCAGUACCGUCCCGUCGGUCGUGACUUUGCUACAGUCUUCUUCUACGAGAAGAAGAUGAAGGGUGGUGAUGCCACGUAUGAUUCAAAAAUUAUGGUCGUGCCAUAUGAUUCCGCCGUGGUGCCCGGCCAGACAGAUGCCAAAGCCGUCGCCUUGGAUGCUGAUAACAGGAACAUGGUCAGGUUCACGUCUAGCAAGGAUGCCAACUACGUCAAGAUUUCCGGAUGUCUCCGUGGCAUGGUAGAGGGUAUUGGAGGCACGGUACACUCGAGGUGGAAGGAGGAGAAGAGGAUAUAUGGGGGACGUUGA